AUGGGAAACUGUGGAAGCAAUCCCAAGACCAAUGAGGAGGGUCUUGAGAAUGUGCCUAAGCCUGUGACUGAAGAAGUCAAGGUUGAUCAGAACCAGAGUGAAGCAAAUGUUGAGACCACAACUGAGGAAACCACCAAUGACUCCGACAAUAAGUCUCUCAGAACCUUGCUCAACCAGAAAGUAGAAGACUCACCGAAGACAGAAGAAGUAAAGGCUGAAGAACCUAAAAUUGAGGUGGUAAAGAUUGAAGAAGAGAAGCCCAAAGCAGAAGGAGCAAAGACUGAGGCUUAA